CACGUUUCUAGCAAAAUUGCAUUUGUUCAACUUUUCGACGCGAACUCGAUUCGUCUUUUAGUAUUGAAGGUCCCCUCGGCAUCAGGGACCAUCAGUACCAUUCUACACCCUCUCACCUCGUCAUAACCCGCCAGAAACCUCCUCGGCCCUCGUCGUUCCCUCCGCCCACAACAAGUUUCCCCCUCGGUCCCAUCGUCAAUCCUGCCUUCGCCCGCCAUGGCGUCGCAGCAGGUCCUCUUCGCCGAGACCAUAGCUGGCAUGAAAAAGGCCUUUAAGCGGACAGCUUAUGAGUCCGACUCCGAUUCCGAGAUCGAGAGCUACAGCAAUCGCGGCCACAAGCUUCAGAAGCGAGCGCGAUUUGCCCAUCAAGGGCAAUUGGUCCCUACCAACGGCCCAAGCUCAUAUCGAGAGUAUGUCGAAUAUGCUGGCGUUCGACGACCGAUUAUUCAUCGCAACCCACCCUUGAUCGAUGAGGAUGGAUACGAAGUGGAAAGCGACGAGGAGGAUGAGGACCGCAUUCAAGAAGCCGAGGCUGCUGCGGCAGAAGUGAACCCCUACGCCAAUAUCCAAAUAGAGAGACCAGACAUUCUCGCUCCACUCACUGCAUCGACCGAUUUGCCGACACAUCCAACCCUCUCGAAACCCUUCACAUCCAAGACCCUAACCAAGCUUGUCGACCAAAGUUGCGACAUCAUGCGCAAGGAAAACCGUUCCCUGUGGCAAGUGAGACACCUCCUAACCGCGUUGUGCGGCGACUAUACCUGGGUACCAUGCUCCAUGAUGGUACGACCUUCGGAUAUCGAGCUCUACACAGACGACCACGUUGCGCGUCACCUAUUAAGCCUCUCCAAAGCACAACCACAACUUACCAACGGUGGCACCCAAGAAAAUGGCAUCCCGCCCGCAGAUCCUGUACCGGACGUGACUGGCGACGGACAGGUUUCCGACAAGGACGCAGCAGAAGAUGCGGAUAUCACUAUGACGGACGCUGAAACCGUUGGUGCUGAUGACUCGCACCUAGACAAUGCCAAGGACGACAAGGGCGAGACAACAGAAACCGUCGAAAAAGAUGGAGCAGUGCCAAGUUCCGAGGCGCAGAACGAGGGUCAGGAGCCAGUCGACAAGGCCAAUGCAUCGGGACCCUCGAAGGGCGGGCCAGAAAACGGCGUGGACCAGCAUGUUAAUAAGGGCAAGGAAGUCGGUCCAGGUCCAGCGCCGACGGCUGCGGCAGACGACACUCGUCGCCAAAACGAACUAGCCGAGGCUAUCGCACAAGAUAUCUCGAUGGCCUCAGGAGGACAGGACCCAACGUUUGUGCAUCCCAUGUUCAUUGCUCCAUCAGGGGCAAAACCAGACCGCGACAUACUGUUGCCUGAACAAGAAGCCGAAGAUAUCCGAAGACUGCUUGCUCUAUAUGUGCAGAAGCAGGAGGAGGUUUGUCGGGGGGCAAGAAGACUGUUCUUGGGUCUCCUCAAGGCCGACCAACUGCGCAAGAGUGUCCUUCACUGGUCCAAGGCUGAGGCUCAUUCAGGGGCCAACCGGGACAUGUCGGACGGUGAGGACUGGUAUGACAAGGAAGAAUGGGGCCUGACAGAAGAUCUGAAGAAGGGCCAGGAUGAAGAGGAAGAAGAUACCCAGACAACGGGCAAGAAGACGAGGAACAGGAAGUGAAAGCUACCGGCCUUGUUCUUUGGUGAUGCCUGUGGUACAUAUGACGGAGCACAGCUGUCGGCUCAGAUGGGAUGGAUGAUAAUGACGGAUUCCAUUGUUGAGACUUUUUUUUUAUUUGGGCGUUUCCAGGACGGCGUUUGGAACAGACGGCACGGCAUGGCUUGAAGCCGCCAGAUAGCGUAUGGGCAUGGCUCGGCAAAUGUCGAUAGAGAUGUAAAUACAUCAGCUUUUCGUUGUG